AUGAUUCUGGGGACAGAAGUAAACGAAUUUGUUUCAAAUCGACAAUAAUCUAAAAUUCAUUAUCUUUCUGAAGAGAACAAAUCCUUGUAGGAAUACAUCCAAGACCUUGAGAAUGCCUUAAAAUUAAAUAAAUAGGCAAUGUCCCUCACUUUAGAUGGUUUGAAUAAAAGACCAUAGUUGAUAUCAGAUAAUAGCACAAUGUCAACUGGUUAUAAUUACUAGAAUUCUUAGUUGGAGGGAGUAAUCAAAUUGCUCAAUGAGGAAAAUUAGAAACUAAUUAAUGGAUUGUCUAAUUAAUAAAGAAUCACUCAAUAAUUAUAAACUAAAUUAUUAUUGCAAGAAUAGAUAUCUGAAGAAUAAUAGAAUUAUUAUAAGGAUUUGAUAGGAGAUUUGGAAUACAAAUUAAUAGAAUUGAAGAGAAACAUUCAUGAUAAAGAGUAUGCGAUCCAAGAGUUGGAGAGAAUGAAACCCAUUCAAGAGAGAGAAGGUCAAUUCGUCAAAAUAAUUGAAGUGGUCACUCCAUCAGAAUAGAACCUCAAAUUGCAUGAGGAAUUAGAAAAUGUGAGAAAUUUAUUGAACAAAAUCACUUAGGAAGCUUAAGCCAUCAGUGAAACCAAUAAUGCCUUGAGAGAAGUGAAUUAUAAUCUAAAAAGAGAAAUAUUUAAAAUGAGAAUUGUGUUGAGAAGCUAAAUUAAUUUUUAGAGUAUGAAAGAUUUCGUCUAUAAUGAAUAUAUAGAUAAAACGGAUGACAAUCUUCAAAUCAAUAGAGAAGUUCAAAAUCAAAGAGGCAAGUUGGAGCAAUUGCAUUAGGAAUUGUAUGGAACUUCAAGUUUGGGAUAUGGUUUCUCCCCAGAACCCUAACAACUCAAAUACCUGAGCAAGAAUGAACGUAUGAUUUACCAGGAGAAAUUGCAUAAGAUGGAAAUGAUGGUCAAAGGAUUUAAGGAAUUAUUCGAAAAGGAGAAGAAUGCUAAUUUACAUGUUAGAAAGUUAUACAAUGAUCUAUUGACGAAAUAUGAAUACAUAUUAGAUACUAAUGAAUUGAUAAUCAAAUCCAACAAUUUGAAAGAUGAAAGAAAUGAAAAACAGUAAAUUGAAUUGCAAUUCUACAAAAAACAAAGUUAGAGUCUGAUGGAAUAACUAAGAAAUAGAAAAGCGUUCAAUUCUAUACCUUUAAAUUAAGAAUAAGAUAUUGCAGUAGGAGUGUUUAGUCCUAGAUAUCAACAGAAAUAUUUGAAUAACCAAUCUCAAUCAUCAUUUUCAAAAGUGCAAUAGACAGGCUCAGAUGAUUUAGAAAUUAAGAACUCAGCCAGAUAAUUGAAUUCAAAUAACUUCAACAAAGUUAUCAAACCUCAAUAAAUUAAUUCAGUGUAGAGUACUUGUGCAAAAAAGUAGAUUCAACAACUAGAAAUUUAAGAUGAUAGUUCAUCCCUUGAAUAAGAUAGAUACAUUUGUCAAACUGCUAGAGGAGAGAAUCCAAAAAUUAGUAAAUUGACCUAACAACAAUAAUAGGGACAAAUUAUUUAGUAUUAUGAUAUGACUAAAUAAGAGUGCAUUGACUUCUUGAUGUCGAUGUUCAAUGAUUAUUUUAAAAAAUUUGACUUGAGUAAUAUCAAGAAGCAAUAACUCAUGAAAUAAAUGCAAAAUAGUGGAUUUGAUAAAAAGUCCAUUAAGAGAUCCUAUAGCAAUCCCUUUUUGUAUUUUUCUAAUGUCAAGGCAAUCACUUUCAAUCAACCACCAAAAUAGUCUGUUAUUGCUCUUGCAAAAAAUGAAAUUUAAUAGCUAUUGUCUGAAUUAUAAAGCAAAAAGUAAAAGCAAGUUUAGAAUCAAGGCGAUGGGGUCUUUAGUGUAGAUGUAUCCAAAAUAGACUUAAAACAAAAUAAAAGAUAGAUGUUUGAUGAUGAUUUAAGCUUUAUAUCUAAUUUAGAUGACUAAGAUUGA